AGCAAUGCAGAUAUUUGUAAAGACCCUAACGGGUAAAACUAUAACCCUCGAGGUUGAACCUUCAGACUCGAUAGAGAAUGUCAAAGCCAAGAUCCAGGAUAAGGAAGGAAUCCCCCCAGAUCAACAGCGUCUGAUCUUCGCUGGUAAGCAGCUGGAAGACGGCAGAACUCUGAGCGACUACAACAUCCAGAAGGAAAGCACUCUCCAUCUUGUUCUCAGACUUAGAGGAGGAAUCAUCGAGCCCAGCAUGAGAGCGCUCGCCUCCAAAUACAACUGCGAGAAGAUGAUCUGUCGUAAGUGUUACGCGCGACUCCACCCUCGUGCCACCAACUGCCGCAAACGAAAGUGUGGUCACAACUCUGACUUGAGGGUCAAAAAGAAGCUGAAAUAGACUCUGGGUCGAUGUUUUAGGACGUUUCGUCAAGAAGAAGCUGAAAUAGACUCUAGGUCCAUGUUUUAGGACGUUUCGUUUUGAAUUUUCCUGUAAUUUCAAUGUACAGUUCUCUGUUUAUUUGAAAGUUUCGUUCAUUGA